GCCAGAGCGGAGGCAAGCGAGACCCGCGGAGCUCCUCGUGCAGGGCCGAGCGCUGGGCCCGGCGUGCCGCCGGCGGGCGAGGAUGGCGGCCUUCAAGCGCAGCCGCGCGCAGGCCUGGCCGGAGGAGCGGGGCGACCGGGAGCACGGCCUCUACAGCCUGCACCGCAUGUUCGACAUCGUGGGCACCCACCUGACCCACCGCGACGUGCGCGUGCUCUCCUUCCUCUUCGUGGACGUCAUCGACGACUACGAGCGGGGGAUGAUCCGCAGCGGCCGGGACUUCUUGCUGGCGCUGGAGCGGCAGGGCCGCUGCGACGAGACCAACUUCCGCCAGGUGCUGCAGCUGCUGCGCAUCAUCACGCGCCACGACCUGCUGCCCUACGUCACCCUCAAACGGCGACGGGCCGUGUGUCCGGACCUGGUGGACAAGUACCUGGAGGAGACAUCCAUCCGCUACGUGACGCCCCGGGCUCACGGCGACGCGGAGCACGGCCUCGGCCACCCCCACAAAUCAGGUGAGCGCCGCACGCGGGGGGGGGAUUUGGGGCCCCCACGGG